CUUGCUUUCUCUCCAGUUUGGCGCCUUGGUGACGUUCCUAAUGGCCAAAAGAUCAUUCAAAAGCGAAGAAGAAGAAGAUCGCGAUACGAAGAAGAAGAAGAAGAUAGUGAUAAGGGUGGUUUUUGGGGCAAGGACGAAGACAGAGAUGGGGGGUGAGAGUGAGGGGUCAAUGCUGCGUUGUCAAGCAGACGAAUGUGGAGUGGACUUGACAAUGGCGAAGAAGUAUCACCAGAGGCACAGGGUUUGUGACAGACAUUCCAAAGCUUCUGUGGUUCUAGUUUUUGGCAUUCGUCAGAGAUUCUGCCAACAGUGCAGCAAGUUUCAUGAAGUGGCACAGUUCGAUGGCAGCAAAAGGAGUUGCAGGGAAAGACUGGCAGGUCAUAACCAACGUCGAAGAAAAACCUACUCACACGUUCCCUCUGCCUCAACCACUCCCGCUUAUUCAAAUCAUCAGAUUCUCCAUUCUUGUGGGUUAACAUUAACAUCCCAACAAGAGUCUUCGAUAUAA